AUGCCCAUCGACCUCGGGUUAGCUCGAAUAACGAAGCUUUUAGCUCACCUAAACAACCCUCAUUUGAGUUAUAAGUCGAUACAUAUUGCAGGUACUAAUGGAAAGGGCUCGACGUUAGCAUAUUUAUCAUCUAUCUUGACUCAAAGUCGAAUACGUAAUGGAAAAUUCACCUCACCUCAUAUGGUGGAAAUCAAUGAUUGCAUAUGUAUCAACAACGAGGUGUACCCGCGGUCCAAAUUCGACAUUAUCAAUAGUAAAGUUACUCAAAUAAACGAGGAAUUAGAACUCAAGUGUACGGAAUUUGAAAUCCUCACGGUCACGGCAUUGAGAAUCUUUGAAUUAGAAAGAGUUGAGUUGGCUUUAAUUGAAGUCGGGGUUGGUGGAAGACUCGAUGCCACCAAUGUCCUAACUGCAUUUCAUAAGAAAACAGGCCAACCAACAGGUGGAGUUGUGGCUACUGGAAUUACUAUGAUAGGGAUGGAUCACGAGAAAUUACUUGGAAACACUAUUGAAAAGAUUGCUUGGGAAAAAGCUGGCAUCAUGAAGCAAGACAUCCCUUGCUUUGUCGAUUCUCUGAAUGGAGAAAGUGUCUUGAACAUACUACGAGAAAAAAGUCGCUCCGUUUCAUGUCCGAUGCAUGUGGUUACUCCAAGUGCAAUGGACAGAAACAUGAUUCAGUAUAGUCCCUUGAGAGGUGAUUACCAGAUCAACAAUCUAGCUCUAGCAUUGAGAAUUUUGAGCUCCUUAAGCGCAUAUCACCAUGUAGACCACCACCCCUACGCCUUUUCUACGGAAAAGAUCAUAUCGGGGAUAAAAAACACAAAUUGGCCAGGAAGGUUACAAUCGAUAAAAGUAAAAGGACUCAAAGAAAUGCAAGUGCUCAUCGACGGUGCUCACAAUGAAAGUUCGGCGAUCGAAUUGGGCAAGUAUUUAAGAAAAAACUAUUUGGAGCAAGAUAUCCUUUUUGUGAUUGGGGUAACGCGAGGUAAGAACUUGGACAAUAUUAUGAAACACCUAAUAAGAAAGCCAGGUAACGAUGUGGUAGUACCGUCUCUAUUUCUGCAACCAGACCGAAUGCCUUGGAUUCACUGCGAACUGGUCCAGAAGAUCAAAAAGGUGGCAGAGAAAUAUUGCAAUGUCGAACUCGCUUUGGAAAACGCAUAUAUCGACGAUGUAUUUGAAUAUCUAAGAGAAAGAAAUAAGACCAAAUCUGGUACCGUUGUUGUAAUAUGUGGAAGUUUGUACUUGUGUGGUGAUGUAUUACGCUCAGUUUCUAUAGAAUAA